CGCAGGGAGGGGCCCUGGACGCGGCGGGGCUGGGCCCCUCGGCAGAGGCCCGCGCAGGCAGGCCCCGCCCCGGCCUCGCACAUCUGGGCCGGGAGCGCGGCCAUCCGGCCUGGGGGAGGGGGCGCGGGCCAGAGCAGAGCCGGAGGCCGCCGGCCGGGCGCACGUCGAGGGCUGCGGCAGGCACUGCCGUCCGCUGCGGGCCGGGAUCCAGGCGGCAGGACCCGGGCCGAGCUGUCGGGAGGGCGGAGGUGAGCAGUAGGGCGGAGGCUGCUGGACUCCUGGAGCGGAGAGAGGCGCAGAGGUUGGCCUUCCCGGGCUGUCUGCGGAGACCCCACGAGAACGGCUCCUGACUCCGCUACAAGGCUGCAAGGAUGCUGGCUGUCCCAGAGAUGGGCCUGCAGGGGCUGUACAUUGGUUCCAACCCAGAGCGAUCACCAAUACCCAGCCCACCUGGCUCCCCAAGGACCCAGGAGAGCUGUGGCAUUGCCCCUCUCACACCCUCACAGUCUCCAAAACCGGAGGCCCGAACCCCUCAGCAGGCCUCCUUCUCCGUGGUGGUGGCCAUUGACUUCGGUACCACAUCCAGUGGCUAUGCCUUCAGCUUUGCCAGUGACCCUGAGGCCAUCCACAUGAUGAGGAAAUGGGAGGGCGGGGAUCCAGGCGUGGCCCACCAGAAGACCCCUACCUGCCUGUUGCUGACCCCGGAGGGAUCCUUUCACAGUUUUGGCUACACUGCCCGUGAUUACUACCAUGACCUAGACCCUGAGGAGGCGCGGGACUGGCUCUACUUCGAGAAGUUCAAGAUGAAGAUCCACAGUGCCACUGAUCUCACCUUGAAGACCCAGCUAGAGGCGGUAAAUGGAAAGAAGAUGCCGGCCCUGGAGGUGUUUGCCCAUGCCCUUCGCUUCUUCAAGGAGCACGCCCUUCAGGAGCUGAGGGAGCAGUGCCCAUCUCUCCCAGAGAGGGACACUGUGCGCUGGGUGUUGACGGUGCCUGCCAUCUGGAAACAACCGGCCAAGCAGUUCAUGCGGGAGGCUGCCUACCUGGCUGGCCUGGUGUCUCGAGAGGAUGCAGAACAAUUGCUCAUUGCCCUGGAGCCUGAGGCUGCCUCCGUCUACUGCCGAAAGCUGCGCCUGCACCAGCUCAUGGACCUUAGUGGUCGGACCCCAGGUGGUGGGCGCCUGGGUGAGCGCCGCUCCAUUGACUCCAGCUUCCGUCAGGCCCGUGAGCAGCUUCGAAGGUCCCGCCACAGCCGCACAUUUCUGGUGGAGUCGGGCGUGGGAGAGCUCUGGGCAGAAAUGCAAGCAGGAGACCGCUACAUGGUGGCCGAUUGUGGGGGAGGCACUGUGGACCUGACUGUGCACCAGCUGGAGCAGCCCCAUGGCACCCUCAAGGAGCUCUACAAGGCAUCUGGCGGCCCCUACGGCGCGGUGGGCGUGGACUUGGCCUUUGAGCAGCUGCUUUGCCGCAUCUUCGGUGAGGACUUCAUUGCCACCUUCAAAAGGCAACGGCCGGCGGCCUGGGUGGAUCUCACCAUCGCUUUUGAGGCCCGCAAACGCACCGCGGGCCCGCACCGUGCGGGGGCGCUCAACAUUUCGCUGCCCUUCUCCUUCAUUGACUUCUACCGCAAGCAGCGAGGCCACAACGUGGAGACUGCCCUGCGCAGAAGCAGUGUGAACUUCGUGAAGUGGUCCUCACAGGGGAUGCUCCGGAUGUCUUGUGAGGCCAUGAAUGAGCUUUUUCAGCCCACGGUCAAUGGUAUCAUCCAGCACAUAGAGGCAUUGCUGGCACGGCCAGAGGUGCAGGGUGUGAAAUUGCUGUUCCUGGUGGGCGGCUUUGCGGAGUCUGCGGUGCUACAGCAUGCAGUGCAAGCGGCGCUGGGCGCCCGUGGCCUGCGCGUUGUGGUCCCUCACGACGUGGGCCUCACCAUCCUCAAGGGCGCGGUGCUCUUCGGCCAGGCCCCGGGCGUGGUGCGGGUGCGCCGCUCCCCGCUCACCUACGGCGUAGGCGUGCUCAAUCGCUUUGUGGAUGGGCGCCACCCGCCUGACAAGUUGCUGGUGCGCGAUUGCCGCCGCUGGUGCACCGAUGUCUUCGAGCGCUUCGUCGCCGCGGAGCAGUCGGUGGCCUUAGGCGAGGAGGUGAGGCGUAGCUAUUGCCCAGCGCGCCCGGGCCAGCGGCGCGUGCUCAUCAAUCUGUACUGCUGCGCCGCAGAGGACGCGCGCUUCAUCACCGACCCCGGCGUGCGCAAGUGCGGCGCGCUCAGCCUCGAGCUCGAGCCCGCCGACAGCGGCCAGGACAGCGCCAGCGCGCCCCCGGGCCGCCGUGAGAUACGAGCCGCCAUGCAGUUUGGCGACACCGAGAUUAAGGUCACUGCCGUGGACGUCAGCACCAAUCGUUCCGUGCGUGCCUCUAUCGAUUUUCUUUCCAACUGAGGGCGAAUCGGCCCCGCCCUCUUUCGGUCCCUCGGUCUGGAGAGUGCGGUGGGAGCAGAGGAACUGACCAGUUCUGAGGUCAGCGCCCCUUUCCCAGCCCUCCAUCCUGGGGAGAUGAAGUCUAGAGGAAGGGUGGGUACAUAUGGAGACUCGCUUUGGGAUUGCGCUUUGAUUCGCGGAUUGGAAGGCCAAAGGGCCUGAAGGGCCCCCACCCCGCCAAGUACCAAGAACUUCCGAGAGGUUUGCAAGAUGGGAGGGCCCAGACUGGCAGGGUGUGUGUGAUCCCUUAGAGAGAAUUCUUCGACAUAAGACUAAGCCCUGGCCUGAACACGGGUUGGGGGAGAAGCAGCAGCAAGAUAGGCUGCCAGGUGCCACUGCAGGAGGGAGGUUGAGAAGGGUCUGGGCCUGAAGGGCCACAGUUCACUAAUUGAUGGGCUGCUGCCACAGGGGAGCCAGGCAGAGCAACCCCAAGCCACAGGUAAAUGACAAGUGGACAUUAAAGGGACAGGUGUUAGUAACGACUUCCUGGAUAUGCUCACCACCCAAAUAUGACUCUUAAUUGUAGAAAGGGCAGUAGCUGACAAGUGGGGAGUAAGGCACAUUAUUAUGGUGAAGGCAACUGUGAGGGGAUGUGGAGACAUGCUCCAGAACCCAAAGAGAGCCUGUGAAUGACCCACCCCACUUGCACUGCUUGGAUGGGCAGCUGAGCGAGGGUAAGGAGACAGAGGAAGCACUGGGGGAUGGUCCCAACUCUGCCAUCGAUCCAUGUGCCAUCAGAACAUUCCCUAAGCACCCACAGGCCUGCUUCCCCAAGUGUGAAAUGUCAGGUAUAUCCUUCAGUCAUGACAUGCAACACCCCACCCUGAGGCUCACACUAAAAUGACAAUAAAGCAUUUAUGCUCAAGGGCAAGCCACAGCCUGCUGGUACCACACAAGUGGGGACCCUAAUAGUUGGAGUACUGUGGGAGGCAUGAGUGCUAGAGAGAAGGGAGAAAGUUUUCAGCUGUGCACAAGGCAGGAAUAGGCCAUAAGGGGGUGCUGCUGUCUUCUAUCAAAUAGCCCAAACAGACCUCUCCCUGGCCAGGGCAGAAGGCCCGUCCUCAAACAAACUGGGGAACUAGCCUCUGGCCUAAAAUGCCACACCACCUGUGCACAGCUCUUCUGGGGCUCUUCACUGGGUGUGCUUGCCUCCUGAAAGAACUAGUUACCCAAGUCAUUCCCUGGCCCAUCUGUGAGGCACUGGACAAUCUUGAGACCCCAGAGAACAAAAAACCCAUUGGUCUCUGGUAUCCACUGAAAUUUUUAUUUCUUAUGGGUUCUAUCCCAACCAGUCAUUUAAAAACCAAGUAACACAGACCUGAGGGGCAGGGGCUGGGAACUGCACCUCCCUCCUACUCACAAGGUAGCAGUGGGGAAGAGGGAGGGGUGGGAGAGGUGGCUGAGGCAGAGAGGCAGCAGCAGCAGCAGCAGUAGUAAUGGGGCAUUGGCGUCACAGAGCCACUCAGUCCUCUCCCAGACCCUGACUGGAGCCCACAUGGCUUGGGAUGGAGAGUGGAUAGAACCCACCCCAGGCUCUCCCCUUCCCCUCCUUGGAUAGCCUCCUUGGGGGCUCAACCCAUUUCUUCUGGCAGGAGACUGAGGCACACGAAGAGGAGGAAGUGGGAGAGGAGAACACAGGAGAGGCGGGGUGGUGGCAGAAUGAAGGCAGAGGUGAGAGGUGUGGGUGAGGCCCCAACACCAUCCCUUCACCCACCCUGGGGGAAGGGCGAGGAAGCCACAUCAUCACGCAGGUGGGGUUUAAGGCUGAGGGGCCCCAAGGCAGCUUGGCCAGGUGCGGGGCUCAAUCGAAGCCGUGCCAGUCGCUGUGCUCAGAGUCAUACUCCAGCUCUGCACCCACACACUUGACACCAUCCAGGAGCAUGGGCGUGCCAUGGUGCCGGUCUGCAAAGCAGGCAUGCAGGUUGGUGUGUCCCUUGUGCCCUGGUCCCACCCCAAAAGAUCUCCUGUCCCCUAGGGAUCAGGGAGAGGAAGCUGGGAGGACCUGAGCCAAGAGGUUGGGACCCCAGGCUGGACAAGGAUCCCCAAGGCUAAUCUUGCAUCUGCUCCCUUCCAGCCAGAUUUAUGCCUUACACUCACCCAUGACACGUGCCUGUACCAUCACGCGUACACAGGCGCCUGUGCCACCCUCGCAGGCUAGUAGCAUCUCCUCUUUGAGGACGCCCUCCUUGUGUGCUGAGUACUCGCACUUGAUGCUGUAACCUGCCCAAAGACAGGGACAGGUGGGCCAUUAGCACUUCCCACAGCUUCACAAUCCUGUCCCCAACACGCAUAAUCAUCACCCAUCACAAGACAUGCUAAGCCUUCUGGAGAAUGGGGCAAGGAUGGCCCUCCAGAGCCCAGAGACUUAGUCUCACUGCUAAGAUGGGCCUACAGGCCUAGGAAUCAUCCCUUGAGAUUGAUAUGCCUCUGGCCUACAGGCCACACCCAGCAUGGCUCCCAGGAUGAGGCAGACUCAAACUCAGGCUUCCAAAAGAAAGAACUGUGUAUUUCACACAAAGGCAGGCAGUGAAGGGGGUGUUGGAGAACAAAGGAGGCAGGGAGGCGGACCGAGCAGAUUGGUGGCAAGAGCAAGGCAAAUGCCUGAGGCACAUUGCUUGAAGUCCACUGAAGGGCAAGGUCAUGAAGAGGUAGGGAAAGGGGGAUAUGAAACUGAAGCUGGGGUUUGUGGGCAGCACAAGAAACUGACACCCUAGCCUCUACCAAGCUGAGGGUAGGGGAUAGAGUAGGGCCUGAGGCCAGCAGGGUUGGGAGAAGCAGUGUGAAACCUAAAACCUGGGACUGGUGGGUGCUAGAAGUUAGCCAUACAAAGUUCCUGCAGCUCCAGCAGGUUAUUCUUAAGGGCAGGCAGGAGGGAGGGUUGGAGGCCCAAAGCCAGUGGCUCCCAUCUUGGUGUCUUCCCCACUAAGGAAACCAUCAGGCAAUGGGCUGAUGCAGGCCUGCAGGGUGAGUUCAACAGCUUCUGUCUAAGAAGGGAGGCCUGGGGCAUGGGAACUACUAGGUUAUCACUGCAAGCUCAUAAGAGGUACCAUGUCCCUGACUUGAAGUACCCCAUAUUCUCACUCCCACUCACAUCUGGGACCUGCUAGAGGAGGACAAGCCCCCAGAACCCCAGGAAGGGACACACCUUCAGGGAUGGGCAUGACGCUGAGGAGCUUGAGGUGAAGGCUGGGAACAGGUGCCUCACGGAUGUCCUUGCUCAGCCUGCGCACAGGGGGCAGAGUGAAGGUAAUCUCAUACCUGUGCAGGAUCUUCAGGAAGCCAACCUGUAGUAGAAGGGAUGAGAGGACAGGUACCUCCAGUUACUGCUUCUCCCGAAGCCCAUCCAGGCCAUGCUGCCUAUGAUCCUUGUGGACACCACCAACACCUGUUUCUCUGGAAGCCUGACUCUUUCCAUCACUCUAGCUGGUCUCUACCCCAAGCCUGAUGGCUCCAGGCCCUUUGGCAGAAUCAAUUCCCCCGAAGGCCAGCACAAUCCUCAUCAUCUGUCAAGGACCCCACAUUCCUCAGUGGCCUAUUUUAUAAAGAUGGAAGUUAGAAAAUGAUUGGCUGAAGAUCACAUUAUGUGACCAGGGAAAAGUCCUUCCUAGACCUCUCAGCCACUCUUGCCACGUGUGGCACAGAAGACACUAGCCACUGCCCUCUCCACAAAGGGAGGUUCAAAGUUCUAUAACUCAGACCAUCCACCAGGCCCCACUACUACCAGCACCUGUUCAGGACCAGUAGCCCAGGGUCAGGGAUGCUGGUCCUCCAGUCCCUAAUUUGGAAACACCGGGCAACAAAAAACAUCAUGGGAUGAGGGAUAGGAUGGAAUUAGAUAAGUGGACACCAGGGAGUAGGGGUACAGUUCAGUGCUAGUUCACACUUAGCACGUGUGAGGCCUUGGGUUUGAUCCUGCACCAAUUAAAACCCAAAACGAACUCCAGACCAGCUAUGUCACUCCACAGAUGGCCCACAGACCUGGCUUCUGCCUGCCUUGCUGGCAUCAGGUACACCCACCUGCUCACGCAGAGGCCCCUGUCCAUGGCCCAUGGAAUUUGUUGUUGUUUAGUACCAGGAAUUAAACCCAGGGGUGCUCUACCACUGAAAUACAUUCUCAGCACUUUUUAUUUUUUAUUUUGAGACAAAGUCUCACCAAGUUGCUUAAGGAAGGCCUUGAUAAGGUGCUGAGGCUGGCUUCCAACUUGCUCCUGCCUCAGCCUUCCUAAGUAGCUGGAAUGUCAGAUAUGGGUCAUCAUGCCUGCUUGCAUAUUUGUUGUUUACACACAGUGUUUGGCAACCAACAUUGUCCUUCUGGGACAGAUGCUAUCCUUAGAAACUCAGUGGUGUGAAGUGCUGGGGAGUGAACCCCAGCAUGCUAGAAAGGCACUCUUCUGCUGAGCUACAUCCCCAGCCCCUUAUAUUUUUCUCUCAUAGAUAUGAAUGGAUUUUGCAAUGAAAGCAGGGAAUUGUUUUUGGUUUUUGUUGUUGUUGUUUUACUUUUGUUUUUUAAGCUUUGGUUCAUUCCAUAUUUUUCCCUGGGGAAAAAGGUCAGCUGUAGGAGAAAGAAGGAAGAUGUUAGGGUUAGACACAUACAAACUAGGGCCCCUUUCUCAAGGACCAAACCUCUGCACCCCACCACAGGGCAUUCCUGCUCAACUCUGGAUCCUGAGUUUAUUGACCAACCUGAAGAUCUCAAUCUGGCCCCUCCAAAGAUUCCCUCUUGCCCUUUCCAAGUGAAUAGGGGACCUAACAGUCUCUUAGCAGUUGAAGGAGCCAUGCUGGUGCGUGUGUGAGACAUGGCCAUGAGAAGGGAGUGCUCCACCAAGUAGAAAAUGUGGGGUGAAGCAGGAUAUGGUUCAGUGAUAGAGUAUAUGCUUAGCAGGCACAAGGCACUGGGAUCCAUGCCCAGGACCAAAAAAAGAAAACACGGGGUAAUAAAUACCAUUACAAAGAGCCCAAAUCAGUCAGAGAUUUGGCAAACAGUAAAAAGUCACACUUUGUUGUCACCAAACAUCUGCAUCACAUAUUCUUCAAUUCUCAUACCAACUAUAUGGGGUGUGAACUGUCUCCACUGGAAGGAAAAUAAAUGGAGAUGACCUGCCUAAGGUCACAAAGCUAGAAUGGCAGGUCUAGACCUGAAUCCAGGCUGUGGCAUGACAGCCUCAACACUAGCCUUCCAUCCCUACUGUCUGGGCGAGGCCAAUGGCAACAGCUCCAGUCACCUGGUGAUGCAUUCCUCUCACUGACCCUGCCGCCACCACCACCAUUUUACAGAUGGGGAAACCAAGGCUCAGGGAGGGACAAGGCAUGCCUGUGAAUGCCACUGAGGAAAGGGGGCAGAUAGUCCCAGGAAGCUGAGCAGAGCCAGAGAGGAAGUAGAGUGAAGCGGAUUCUGGGGGAAAUGUGAACAUACCUUGACCAGAAAACUGCUGUCACCCUCCUGGGUGACCAUGACCACUGAAUCAUGUAGCUUCUCAUCAAAGUGGACGUGGCUCUGGGAGCCUUCAGCAUCAUGGCCUGCUGCAAAGCGGAUACUCCGGACUCUGGGCUUAUUGCCUAAGAAGAGUGGGAGAAGAAUCCAAGGGUGGCUAGCUUCUCCUACCCCUAGAAAACUAUGUCCCCCUUAUUCACUUGCCAUCCCCAAACUUUCCUUGAUAUCACCCAGCACCCACUUGGUCAGGCCAAUUUCAGGACUAAGUUCACUAGCAGUCAUGAAGCUUGAGAUCCCCUACCUCAUUUCUACCUGCCAGUCCUCUAACAGCAUGGUUGUGGGUCCCUUAAGGUUGGCUGAUACAACACACACCCCCUUAUUUGGAGGGGAGAGGCUGUCACCAGAGACAGGAAGACACAGAUUCUCCCCAGGUGCCCAGCAAUGUAGCCCAGGCCUCGGCACUCCUUCACAGUGCCACGCUUCCCAACCCUGGCAGCAUCUCUCUCAGGUCUGUCAGUGCACGAGACUCCAGUCUACUCCCCCUAAUGACCUCGAGCAACCUGGGGGCCAGAGACAGAAGCGGAUUCUAGGUGCUCUACUUGGAGAUAACAGAAAUGAUGAGGGUUAAAAACCACACUCUAUCCACCUAGGAGAGGCUGCAACUACCAUUAGUGCUCACUGAUAACUGGCAGGUUCAAGAAGAAAGAAGCUAGGGACCCUCCUCACCCUCCCCAUGCCCUUUCCUUCUCUGCUUAGCCCUUGUCAAGGCCCUUGGCUGUCCCCAAGCUGGGUCUGGUUCUCCGAGGCCUAAAAGAUCAGGGGGUUGAGAGGGGAAGAGUGGUGGGGAGUCAGGUCAAGUGCCUGGUCUGAAUGGUCACUCAGGCUGGGGGAGGCCAAGGGCAUGAAUCCAGUCCUCUCUGACACCCCAGCCCUAGACCUCCUAAGAGCCCUGUCUAGAGUCCUUUGGUGGGAAGGCCUGGGUCAGCCUUGGCCUGGGUUCUUAGACAUUCAGCAAAGGCCCUGGGGGCUAGCCUGGCACAUCCACAGUUCCUGUUGUACUCCAUUAACCUGACCAUAAGAUUUUACCAGACCUCCCUUGCCUAAAACUCUCCAGUAGCCCUCUGGAUUCAGUGAAAUCCAGAUUCCCUUUUAUAGCCUGCUGUGACCCUACCCCUCUCCCACUUUCAGUACUCACCACAAGCCCUUCAUGUCUCCGGACCACUAGCAGUACAAUAGAGGGGCUCACACGAGACACAGGAGCACACACCUCCAGAAAACAGCAAACCAAGGAACCAGUAGGGGCCCCUGCUAGGGCUUGGGUGAUCUCCAGGACCUGGCACACACUGACAUAUUCUGAAUGACAUUCAUAUACACGUGCAUACAAACACACACACACAAAGAGCUGAAGCAGGCCCCCCAAGCAAAAAUGUCCCCUAAGAUCUCAUGCAUACCCACAGGCCAGGAAGACACUCACCCUUGUUGGCCGCAGCCAUGGACGCCCUCCCUGCCACCAGGUGAAACACACAGCUCCUGCUGUACACCUCCACUCAAGCUCAGCAGCCUCCCAUGCUCCAGGGACACAAGAAGAAGCCUGAAGGAGGGGGGAUGGAGAGGGCAGCAGUCAGGACCACCCAUAAGCCCAUGGUUGGGGGAGAGCAGAGGAUUUUCCUUUAGGAAGGACUCAAACUGCUGCUGCUCUCAGCAGCCCAAGUGGGGCCUGCAUCCGUAGCACAAGGGUAUGUCUGACAUAUACCAAGUGCCCUCACCUCUUCCUGACCCCCUUCUGACCCAAGGCCCCUGCCAGCACAGGCUAAGUUUCUGGUUGCCAAAGUGCCAGCACAGGACAAGCACUCAGUCCACCUGAGGCUGGCAGGAAAGGUAGCCUAGAAAGAAAGGGAACUUUGUUAGUAAUUUUUAGGGGCCAGUUCUGGCACUGCUGACCCUAAAGGGUAUGCCCAGGGGUCACAUUAUUCAUGUCACAUAUCCAGUGCAGCUAAGUGCUGGUCAGUCAACAGCAUGCUUGGAGAUGGGAAAGAAUAGGGAUCACAUGAGAUAAAUCUAUCCUUGGAGCUUUCCCUCCUGGUGGUCAGUCAGAGCCACAUACUGAACAGCGGCCCAUGGAAGGGAUAUUAACCCAUCUGAACCCACCAUCCUGACCCUACCCUGAAUCUCAGGAACCCACCAUCCAGACCCUGUCCUGACUCAGCUCCCAAGGGCUGCCUCAAGUGCAGAGGCAAGUGUGAGGUGUCCUAAGGAUGCCUCUGAUGGACUAAGCUGGCCCCAUCUAAGCAUCAAAAAGAAUAAGAAGCACAACUGAUGGAAACAGAUGGAAUACAUAAAAUCAGAGCAUUCACAGAGAUUACAAAAAAAGAACAAGGAAAGUAAAACAAACACAAACCCUCAUGUGUCACCACUGAUGGCAGCAGUGCCCCUUAAAGAGAAAUAAUACCGCCUGUCCCUCAGCCUUUCUUGCAAGCAAACUGCCCCGGUGGUUGACAGAAAGCUCUUCUUCACUGCAGAUUUCUUACUAAUAAAUAACAAACGAACAACCAAAUGUCAAGCAAUUCUACAGUGCUAAAGAAACAAAUGCCAGAGGCAACAACAGUGAGAAGAUGCUGAACCACGAAGGAAAAGUGGAUAAAAGCAGAUACACACAGAUGCUCAAGUUCCACGGAUGAAUGACCUGGUGUUCUUAAUGGGGAAUAACACAAGUUUGCAAUGAGGGGAUGUGACAUCAACAGGCCACACACGGGUCUGUCCCCCUCACUAACCACAGGACAACCUGACACACUGAUGCCUCCUGAAGUGAGGCAGGCAAAAGUCACAGCACCACUGACAAGGGAUCCUUGCCAAAGAUGCUUAACCUGGAUCUGACAGGGCCUCUAGCCCCCACUCCUCAAUUACUGAAAACCAGAGGACAGCAGAACAAAUCAAAUGAUGCUAUGAGCAGACAAUGAGACAAAUCCAGGCUGAAUAUUCCACAGGACGAGUGACCUGUUUUGUUUUGAAGGUGCGAGAAAAAAGAUACAGAAAGAUUGUUCUAGAUAGUAUUGGCAAAUUAUUGCCUCUUGGGCCACCACCUGUCUUUUGUAAAUAAAGUUUUACUGGA